AGACGCUGUUUUAUUCCUUCAUUCCUCACCCCUCCGCCGCUUGCCGUUCGCCAUACCGUACGUUUGAACAAUGGCAGCAACCAUCAAACUGGACAAACCGCAUAGUCAUUUCACGAACCUAGAUCAUAUCACUGGACGAGUGAUAUUGCAGCUACAUACCGAUACCGCUAUUAGCGCGAUACAUGUCAAGCUUGAAGGAGAAAGUCGGACGCGAUUGUCGGCUCCGCGCAAUGACCAGAACAAGAAGAAAACUGAGAUAGAAGUCCAUAAGAUAUUAUACAAAGUCAAAGCAGUCUUUCCAAGCCCGGAUAUCGCUCAACAUAGCUCUCCCAAUGCUGCUUUUACGUUGGCACCCGGUGUUUAUGAAUAUCCGUUUGAAUUCAAGUUCCCGUUCAACAAUGCCUGCAGCAAUCAGAAUUCGAUGAUGACAAAUCUCAGUAUGGUCGGUUUGCGAGUCGAAGUGGCACGAGAUACCUAUGCACAUGUCAAAAAGACCUUACCUCCUUCAUUGAGUACUUUUCCGGGCGAAGCAGAGAUCAAAUAUUAUGUGAAAACAACUGUUGUUCGGCCUCAGUUCUUCAAGGAGAACAUUCGAUCGAUUGCAGGAUUCAAUUUCCUCCCCAUUGAGCCUCCAAGGAACGGUAACCCAAAUGAAGAGACCUACGCCAGACGCCAGCACGAAUUCAUGCGAACAGGAUUCCCACCAGCUGUGAAAAAGGGUGGACUCUUUCGCAAACAAUCAUCUACGCCUCUUGUUCCCCUGUCGACCGCGGAUCCCGUACGAGUGUCCGUCGACGCAAGAUUACCCAAUCCACCAAUUCUGACCUGCAAUCAACCUAUACCGUUACGGAUCAUCGUCACUAAGAAAUCUCCUACCACGGAACCGAUGUUUCUUCAACUACUUCAGAUUGAACUGAUUAGUUAUACUAAUAUCAGAGCCCAUGAGCUCGUGCGUACAGAGCCGCUUAGCACUCUGAUAAUAAGUCGCAGCAAUAUGAAUGUACUCAUUGGCCCAGCAUCGGAUCCAAUGGGAAAAGAGUGGGCGGUUGACGCAAGCCUAUGGAAUCAACUCCCAUUGCCGCCGAACGUUGCGCCCACAUUUGAGACGUGCAAUAUUUCUCGGCAUUAUGAGCUUGAAGUACGGGUGGGCUUAUCACAUGGACCUGCAGGAAGAACGAUGCCUCAAAUCAUCGUUGUACCUCUACGACUGGCCGUAAAAGUAUACUCUGGUAUUCGUCCACCACCAGAACUCCUAGAAGCCAUGACCGCCAACAUGAAAUUGAGAGAGACUCAAUUGGAGCAAAAAUCGAAAUACGAUGAUGAUAACCCUCCACCACAACCGCCCCGACCAUCUACCAAUCAACCAGCCGAACUAGACUCUCACGUCAACAAUGUCGGAGACGACGAUGCGCCACCAAGUUACGAGGACGCAAUGGCCGAACUGAUCAGUCCCAUUGAUGGCCCACGCGGAGAAUAUCAUCACACCCCUGCACCGGCUUUCCAAGGAAACCGUAAUAUUUCAGGUGACACCAAAAUGCCAUUCCCUGAUUCCCAUAACGGUCAUAAUGAGGAUGAUCACCACUUCAAUCACGAAGGGGACGAAGAUGGAGGAGAAAUUACGCGCUCGUUUUCCCGUGACUCCUCCGAAUCCAUCGAUAUGCUACCCCAAUCACCCCGAUUACGACCUAUAUCAUAUGCAGAUAGCGUUUUUGAAGGUAAAACGUCUGAUCAGACACAGACUAAUCCGAACAACAACAGCACAUAUAAUGAUAACCCAGCAAGUGGAACACAGCAGCACUCUCAACAACCACCGCAAACAUUCCCAACAUUCCCAACCUCACAAACACCUCAACCUCGUCGAGUAAUAAGUACGGGCAUACCUAAUCGACGACCAGUGCCGAAUUCGAGUCAGACACAGGGUAAUAAUCCUUCAUAGCCUUGAAUCAUACCCAAAAAAGUCUCCACUUCUCAUAACUUUGGAGUUUAUACUCUUCUCAUACUUCUUCCUUGUUGGGUGUUUUGGGACUAUAUUGAUACGCAUUGCAUAUUUAUGGAGUUUGUCAUGACAAUAGCAUAUAUCAAUCCAAUAUUCUUCUAGAAAUUAUCC